GGGGCUUAAAGAAUUGUAGUUGUGUUUUGGGGUAGGAAAAUGGCGCUUGUUUCUCCACCAUAUCAACUUUAUCGGAUUUAAUGUCAACAGCAACGCUAUUUUGGACGAUAAUCACCACCUGCUUUUUAUUCUAAAUACUUUGAAGUUGUGACAUUUUUAUGAAUUCUAUACGCGGACUUUGUUGAAAAUAGCUAGCAUAGCUAGUUCACUAACGUAACGUACGGUAUUUAAACUUGGACCUUUUUGUGCUCGUGCACAAUCCAGAUUGGAUUGAAUACCAGCUACAGUAAUUUAUCUUGCGGACUAUUUGAUUAUCUAGCCAAAGCUUUUCUAUUCCUUUUUUUUUUUUCUUUACGUAGCGAAAGUGAGCAUCUUUUGCGGAUAAAUACUGCUGAAAAUAUGUUGACGGUUUUAUGCUUUGGCAGCUUUACAAUGGUGCUAACCUUUAAUGGGGGAUAGCUAGUCUAGCUAAUGUGUAGGAUGGGACUCCAAGCCAUCUCCUUAUAUCGUUGACACUGACAGAAUCCUGGGUUCUGAACUGCAUCUUAGAAUUUUUUAUUGUCUCUCAGUGACUUUAAUUAUUAUAUUUAAAAAAUAUAUAUUCUCCAAGACAAUAAAGUGUAUUUUAGUUUAGUUAGGCGGUCUAAAAUGCUUUUGACUUGGCGCUGUGAUAGUAAGCGCAGUUGAGAUCAACCUCAGCGCUCAGGAUACCAGUUUAACGUUAUCAAUUGAACUAACAGUAACUGAAAUACGUUAGGCUCUUCCACGCAUUGAGAAUGGAGGAUUCACGUCCACGAUAUAGCAAACGACUGCGGUCAGGGACGCGGCGUCGUUACCACGACGACGGGAUCUCGGACGAGGAGAUCGAUGGGAAGAGGACGUUCGACCUGGAGGAGAAGCUGAGCAGCAGCCGCUUCAGCUCAGACAGGGUGAAACGCAUGGAGGGCAAAGACCUGACGUUUGAGUACAUCCAGAGAGGUGGACUGAGGGAUCCCAUCAUCUUUGAGAAGCCUGAUGGCCUGGGAAUCAAGAUGCCUGAUCCAGACUUCAGUGUGAACGACGUCAAGAUAUAUGUUGGCAGCAGGCGUAUGAUAGACGUGAUGGACGUCAGCACCCAGAAGGGCAUCGAGAUGUCCAUGGCCCAGUGGAGGCGCUACUACGAGACUCCGCCCUCGCAGAGAGACAAGCUGUACAACGUCAUCAGCCUGGAGUUCAGCCACACCAAGCUGGAGAACCUGGUCAAGAGGCCCGCCUCGGUGGACCUGAUCGACUGGGUGGACAACAUGUGGCCCCGUCACCUGAAGGAGAGGCAGAGGGACUCCACCAACUCCAUCACAGACAUGCAGUACCCCAAAGUCCAAAAAUACUGUCUGAUGAGUGUGCAGGGCUGCUUCACAGACUUCCACAUUGACUUUGGAGGCACCUCGGUCUGGUACCACAUCCUGAGGGGAGGCAAGGUGUUCUGGCUGAUCCCGCCCACGCCUCAGAACCUGGAGCUGUAUGAAAACUGGGUGUUGUCAGGGAAACAGGGAGACAUGUUCCUAGGAGACAAGGCCACAGACUGCCAAAGGAUCGAGCUGAAGCAGGGAUACACCUUCAUAAUCCCCUCAGGCUGGAUCCAUGCCGUCUACACCCCAGUAGACACGCUGGUGUUUGGAGGGAACUUCCUCCACAGCUUCAACAUCCCCAUGCAGCUCAACAUCAGCAGCAUCGAGGACAGGACACGGGUACCGUCUAAGUUCCGCUACCCGUUCUACUUUGAGAUGUGCUGGUACGUGUUGGAGAGGUACCUGUUCAGCCUGACCAACACCUCCUACCUCACCCCGGAGUUCCAGAAACACUCCCUGGGCAUCGGUCUGAAGAGAGAGUCCUGCUCCAGCGAGUCGGUGAACGGCCACACCAAGGAGGAAGAGGAGGAGGAUCACGAGGAAGAGGCAGCCGCUCGCCCCAAGCCGGGGGUCAAAGUUCACCUGACACCGUUUGAGCUGGAGGGGCUGUGGAAUCUGCUGGGGAAGCUGGAGUCUCUGCCGGCGCACAAGCAGUGUGUCCCUGCAGGCAUCCACAACGCCCCCGCCCUGCUGCACCACAUCAGGGCCCUGCUGAAGGAACAUGCCAGCGACGUCCCCAAGCUGUCCUACACAGGCACGCCCAUCGUCCAGUGGCCCAAGAGGCCAUCCUGGUACCAGCCCCCACCCCCCCCUCCCCCGGUGGUCCGGCCCAAACUGGCCUCCACGCCCGUGACCCCUCGACCCCAGAAGCCCGCCUCCUCCAUGUCGGUGCUGCGCCGUCGGCGCGUCAGGUGUAAGCGGUGCGAGGCCUGUGUGAGGACGGAGUGUGGAGACUGCAACUUCUGUCGAGACAUGAAGAAGUUUGGAGGACCAGGGAAGCUGAAGCAGACCUGCGUGCUGAGACAGUGUCUGGCUCCUGGCCUGCCCCUGUCCGCAGUGUGUGAGGUGUGUGGAGAGGGGAACCAGGAGGAGCGGGGCAGACCUGUCUUCUCUCUCACUCUCAUGGAGUGUUCCAACUGUGCCCAGAUAGCCCACCCCGGCUGCAUCACGAUCUCAGGAGAAGGGGUGGUGAACAAGGACCUGCCGAGCUGCUGGGAGUGUCCCAAGUGUGUGCAGGGAAUCACGGACGUGGAGGUUAAAGGAGAGAAGAGCAAACUGCUGCCUGCUAAGCGGAAGUCGUCCACCCUCCUGGACGCUCGCAUCGCCAAGAUCUACCGGCGCCACCGCCACAGCCGGGAGGACGACGACUCGGGCAGCGACGACGACGACUCGGAAGGGGGCGAGGGCCACCGCAGGAAGAUGGCCGUCCACCCCCGAGGAGGGGGCGGGGCCUCACGGCGGGGCUACGGGGCGAGUAGGCGGGGCUUGUGGCGCGGAGGCUCCUCCCACCGCGGGUCCAGAGGAGGCGGAGUCGCCCCUAACCCCGGCCUGAAGAUGAGGAGGGGCCUGGGGGGGCGGGGCGAGGGGAGGCGGGGGCGGGGGGUGAGGCUACGGGGCGGGGCCAGGAUGCAGAGGCGCAGGGACGAAUCAGAGGAGUCGGACGAUGACGACGACGAUGACGACGACGAUGAUGACGACGAUGACGACAGCGAAGAGGACCACCGCCACGCCGCGGUGCGACUGGACAAAGACCACCGGCAUCGCCGCCGGCGACGGAGACGGACCGACGACGAGGAUGACGACGACGAGGAGGACGACGAUGACAGCGAGGGGCGGGACUUUGAAGGCGAGGACGAGGAGGAGCUGGAGGGCCUGGAGGACGAAGAGGAGGACGAAGACGAGGACGAGGAGGGCCGCUGGGACUCUGAGCCGGAGCCUCCAGUGCUGCUGGUGUCUGACCUGAACGACGACCUCCUGAGCGGGUCCUACCUGACCGUGACCCUGCAGCGGCCCCCGAGGGCCAAGCGAAGCUCCGCCUCCAUCCUUCCCAAGCUGGAGGCCGCCAUGGCGACCAGGACACCGCCGGGCUUCGUCCAGCGCAAGACGCUCCACAAGACCCGCCACAAGAACGGGGCGCUGGUCGCCCCCGGCAACGGCCUGGCCCCGCCCCGGGGGGUGGGCCGGCCCCCGCGUCACCGCGGUAACCCCCACAGUGACGGCGAGCGGGACACGGCGUCGCCGUCCUCCUCCUCCUCCCACUCCUCCGCCUCCCCCACCCCGCCCCACGCCUCCUCCUCUCUCUCUCCUCCCUCCCUCCUGUCGCUGCCCUCCUUCAAGGACGUGGGGAACGAGGGAGGGGGGGAGAAGGAGGUGUGGGUCUCUGUGUUCCGCUACCUGGCCCGCAGGGACCUGUCAGCCUGUAUGACCGUCUGCAAGGCCUGGUACAAGUGGAGUUGUGACAAGCGUCUGUGGAGUCACCUUGACGUGAGUCGCUGCAGACCGCUGACGGACCAGGCGGUGGCGGGCAUCAUCAAGCGCCAGCCCGUCUCACUGGACCUGUCAUGGACGCCACUGUCCAAGAAGCAGCUCAGCCGCAUCGUGCACCGCCUGCCCGGUCUGAGGGAGCUGCUGCUGGCAGGCUGCUCCUGGUGGAGCCUGGCAGCCCUGGUGACCCCCAGCCUGCCCUGCCUGAGGCUGCUGGACCUGCGCUGGGCCGAGGGGGUCAAGGACGCCCAGAUACGAGACCUGCUCACGCCACCUGGUUCUGAGUCCCGUAGUCGUCUGCGGGGCAUGGUGGAGCUGCGCGUGUCCGGGCUGGAGAUCGGCGACGCCACGCUGCGCCUGCUGCUGCGCCACAUGCCCCAGCUGGAGCGGCUGGACCUGGCACACUGCAGGGACAUCAGCGACCAGUCCAUCUGCCUGCUCACCUCCUCAGGCUCGCACACGCGCAACACGCUCACGCACAUCACCCUCACCGGGUGCACCAGGCUGACGGACGUGUGCGUGUCGUACCUGAAGCGUGCGUGCGGCCUGACGCUGCUGGACCUUAGGGGUUGCCACGGCGUCAGCCGCAGGGCCUGCGACGCCUUCAUCUCAGACCUGGCCCACAGCGCCCUCUACUGCAUGACCGAGGACAAGCUCAUCCAGAAGAUCUCCUAGAGGAGAGAGGCGACAGCACCCUGCACCCCCCCCUCCCCCCCCAAAGCCCUUGUCUUCUGACCUGUGAAGACCGGAAGGAGGCCCAGAGAGAGGAGGGACACACACACAUGAGCAACUCCUCUCUUCUCCAUCUGAAACAGGAAGAAUAUCAGCUCUUUCAACUGGGACACGACGAGAGAGGAGCAGCCGGGAGGACAUUCACCCUGCUGAGAAUAAACUGAGUGAGACCGGAAGGAUGGAUAGAAAAAUAGAACGGAGGGGGUGGGGUUCCUAGGGCAGGAAGGGGGGGGGGGGGG